UUUUGACAUUGACAAUUCGUUUCUAUAAGAUUGAAAAUUGAAUCUUGUAUUUUGAAAAAGGAUUUAAAAACUUUAAUUAUUACGGAUCCGAAAACACCUAGAAAAUGUUGGCACGAACAUUAGUUUCGAGAGCCUUAUUAUCUAGAUUCGCUAAGGUAGCUGCCGACCAUGCUAAGCAAGCGAAGAGAAACGCAGGCCAUGGGGUUUGGACAUACCGAGUGCCUCCACCUUUACCAUCGAAAAGAGCAACAUAUUUAGCUGAAGGGCUUGGUGGACUGUGCUGGUUUUGGAUUCUUUAUCAUUGUGCAACUGAACCUGAACAUAUUUAUGGUGAAUGGCCUUAUAUUGACCCUAGCACUUGGACUGAUGAAGAAUUGGGUAUCCCUCCAGAUAACGAAGGACCACUGAGGAAGUAGCAAUGAAACUAAAACAGUGCAUUGAUUAAUUUUGAAAAACAUAGUAUCACGUCUUUGUUAUUUUAUUGAAUAAUUGUCAUUAUUUUUGUCAAAUAAAAUAUCACUCACA